AAGCUGGAUCAAAAUGGCUGCGCCUCUGCUUCUCAGGGGCAUUCCGUUCCUUCCCCUACGGCUUGGCCGCCACAGCCUUGCCGCUGGAGCACGCUCGCCACUUCGGCACCCUUGAAGCUCCACGGCCGACUCGACUCGGCUGGACAAGCAUGUAUCCACUGCCGAAAAGACCAUGGCAGUGUUGAGCGCUCGGGAUCCCCCCUCGUACCAAAGGUGGGGUGAUCCUGAUUACCAGAAGUGGAAACAAAUGGAAGGAGAGAUUCUAAGAGAUAUAGAGGCCAUUACUUGCCUCGCUAAAGAAAUUCUCCACUCUGACAGAUAUUUGGAUGGAGAACAUCUAACAGCCGAAGAUGAGAAAGCUGUGGUAGAGAACGUUCUCAUUUACCAUCCAAACUCUGAAGAUAAAAUUGGAUGUGGGCUUGGCUCAAUAAUGUUCGCGAGUGCUAUCUGGGAGCAUCUUCUGCUGGAAUUUUGAAAAUCGCUGUGUAGUCCGUGAGUGCUUGAUGGAAGCAUCUGUUGCAAAGCUGAAAAGGUCACAUGCAAUUACUGUUGUGGUAACUGACAGGGAACAAUAAUUCUAUUUUUUUUAUAGAGUUCACAUGCAGUUACUAUUUUAGAGUGUCGGUAAGUGUUGCCAACCGUACAGAAUAGGGUACAAAAUUUUUUUUGAAUCUUUUCCCCUUUUUUUUGUACUUUUUUUUAGGAAGAAGAACGUUUGAUUGGAGAAAAGAUUCCGUAAUAGUCAUCUUCAUUUUCAUCAUUGAGGUCGAUAAUGAGUUGUGAAUCUGAAUCUGUUACAAAUGAAUCAGACCUACUAUGUAGAAGUUGUUUUAUAAUUACGAAGUAUUCUUCUUCUGUUUUGGCUGCUACAAGCUUGGCUGAAGUAUGAGAUUUUUGGGCUAAGAAGUUUGAAUUUGAACUUGAUGGUCUUGGCAGAAGAUUUUGGUUUUUGAGCCAAUUUUGAAUAGUUGGUUUUAAAAUUUCUAUGGGACAUUGAAGGAGUCCCACCAUUUUAUCUUGAAUCUUCUGGCGAGGAUAUUGAUACCGUCUUGUUGAUGGUAUUCAAGAGACCAAAUAAGGACUUAAGGUAGGAAAAUUUUGUACAGAAAAAGAAAAUGGGUGAGAAUCGUUUUUCUUUUUUUAAGGGUUUAUAAUGUUGUUUGAACAGGAUGAAAUUUUUUGAGAUUUCUGGGGUUAAUAGGUUUGGAACAGCUCUAAAGUAACUCCACCAUUGAACAAACCAGGAAGGGAUUUUUGUAGGAUCAAUAUUGAUUUUGAAAUAGAACAAUAAAGAAUGGCUAUGCUUAUGAUUUUGCACGAGAAAAGUAUUAAACUAAGCUUGUUGAUAAUUCCAGUAAUUGAAGGAUGAACAAUGAUUUAAUUUGGUUUUGAAACUGACGAAAAAAGUUUUGGAUUUUGAAAGGUAUUGACCCCAAUCUGUAGGUUGAAGGAUUUUUUGUAUCUAGUACGUUGAAUAUGCUGGGUCAAUAUGGGUUUUAUCAAGGAAAAAGUGUUUAAAUUUGGCUAACUCGGUUACUUCAAGAAUUGCUAUGUAGUAAGGUUGGGUUUUUGUCAAAUCCUAUGGUUUAAAAUGCCAACUUUGGGAAGGAAAAUUUUUGAAAUUGCUUUAGAGGGGUUUUUAUGGAAAAAUUCAUGAAAUUUUUUAAAUUACUACAACGGGGUUUUUAUGAAAAAAUUCAUUCUCUAUAGUCAAUAUGUCUUGAAAAUGAGAUUUCAAAGAAUAUUUAGAAACUAUUUUUGUAAGUUUUGUCUAAGACAAAACGAUUGAGAGUUGUUUGAAAAAAUAUUUUGAGAAAGUGUUUUUUGAAAAGAACUUUCUCCUUUCUCCAAUGAUGUGGAAACAGGUUUAGAAGGUAUACUUUUUUGGUUUUGUAGAGUCUGCACUUGUGAGAAGAAGUUCUAGAGAUUUGGAUAGUGAUUUAACCUACCACAUACAAAAAAUUUUUCACCCUGCAGAUUGGGGUCAAGACUUUUCAAAAUCCAAUACUUUUCCUGCCAGUUUCAAAACUAAAUUAAAUCACUGCUCAUCCUUCAAUUACUGGGAUUAUCAACAAGCUUGGUUUAAUACUUUUCUCAUGAAAAAUCAUAAGCAUAACCAUUCUUAGUUGUUCUAUUUCAAAACUAAUAUCGAUCCUACAAAAAUCUCUUCCUGGUUUGUUCAAUGUUGAAAUUACUUUGGGACUAUUUCAGACCUGUUAACCUUAGAAGUGUCUUAGAAAGUUUUAUUCUGUUCAAACAACAUUAUAAACUCUCAGUAAAAGAAAAAUAGUUCUCACUCCUUUUCCUUUUCUAUACAAAAUUCUGUCUAUAUUGGGUCCUUAUUUAGUUUUUUGAAUACCAUCAAUAAGACGAUAUCAAUAUCCUUGCUACUCCUUCAAUGUCCAGGAGAAAAUUUUAAAACUAGCUGUUCAAGAUUAGCACAAAAAUAAAAACCUUCUGCUAGGACCAUCAAGUUCAAAUUCAAACUUCUUAGCCUAGUAAUCUUAU